AUGGAUUAUUAUUACAUUGCGAUGCGUGCGGUGGCAAGUGUUUUGUUGAUGGUGCUGGUGCUGGUGGCAAGCUGUCUAGCCCAGGAAGAGGAACAUCACUGCGUGAUGUACGGAAUUUGCCAUAGCACCGGAGUACAUUAUCAGAACUGUCCGACAAAUGAGACGGCGAAGCCGUUGAAUGAUCCAGCUGCGGUGGAAAUCAUGCGAAGGCGUUGCGGGUUCAUGUUUGAUAGUGAUGAUACUCCGGUUUGUUGUAAUCCGAUGCAGCUCGAAGAGUUGGAUAGCAAUUUUAAAAAUGGGGAAGGAAUUUUUGGACGGUGUGAAACCUGCGUCCGGAAUAUGCUGUUCAGUAUAUGUAGUAUGGCUUGCAGUCCGGAACAGAGUCGGUUCUUGACUGCCUACGUGGAUGAAACUAACGAGUACGUGGAAAAGGUUGAAUAUCGGAUCGAUCGGGAGCAUAUACAGGGGGUUUACGAUUCGUGUAAGGGUGUGGUGGUGCCGUCCAGCGGGAAGUACGGUAUGGAUAUGGCUUGCGGUGGAUGGGAAUCGACUCGGUGUACAGCGGAACGCUGGUACGAGUACAUGGGAGAUGCGGGCAUCAACGACUUUGUACCGUUCUUGAUUGAGUAUCACUUUCCGGAGGAGCCGGAAACGCGGUACAACCAGGAAGUGCUACACUGCAACGAGGCGUACAACGACUCGGUGAGUUGUUCGUGUGUCGACUGCUUCGAUAGCUGCCCGGUUUCGAGUCCACCGCAAGCGGACGAUCCGGGCUUCCUGGUGGGAGACCUGAACGGAGUCACAUUUGUGAUUGCCAUGGUUGUAGGGGGAUAUGGACUGGCCGUCAUUUUGAUGUCCGGACUGAUGAAAUCCGUUGGGGAGUUUCCGGAUUUUCCGAAAUUCUUCGGAGGCUUUCCGGGGGUUAACAUCGGUCUGACGAAGUUCUUCACCCACUGGGGAACGUUUUGUGCAGCUCAUCCCAUGUUGAUUCUGGCUAUCUGUUCCUGGUGUAUUGGAGGACUCUGCUAUGGUAUCGUAUUUCUGCAGAUCACGACGGAUCCCGUGGAGUUGUGGGCAGCUCCGGAAAGUCGAUCGCGUCUGGAGAAGGAUUACUUCGAUUCUCGCUUUUCGCCGUUCUAUCGAACGGCUCAAAUCUUCAUCAAACCCUAUCAGCAAGACUACAUCAAUCACACAACCGCGGCGGGAAACCUUACCUUUGGACCGGCAUUCGAGCAGCAGUUCCUGCUGGAAGUGUUCGCUCUUCAGGAGCAGAUCGAACAAAUCGGUCAGGAGGAAGGUGCUGGUUUGGAGCGCAUCUGCUACGCUCCGAUGACCGCUAGCGGAAAGCAGACGGUACUGAGCGAAUGCACCGUCCAGUCGGUGUUCGGGUACUUUCAGAACAGCUAUCAGAAGUUCAACGAAGUUUACGUCGAUUUCGAGGGUUUUGAGGUGAACUAUUUGAACAAGAUCAACGACUGUACGCGAAAUGCCUAUCUGCCGACUUGCUUCGGUGCGUACGGUGGACCGAUCGAGCCGGGUAUCGCAGUCGGAGGGUUUCCGAAACCUGCCCUGGGGGAGAGUCCUGAUUUUCGGCUGGCGACGGGGCUUGUGCUGACGUUUUUGAUUCGGAACCGGGCGGAUAAGGAUGAGUUGGAACCGAUGAUGGAAUGGGAGAGGAAGUACAUUGAGUUUAUUGAGCGAUACGAAAGUCCGCUGAUGGAUAUUGCUUAUACCGCGGAGCGGUCCAUUGAGGACGGGAUCGAAGCGAUGUCCCAAGGGGAGAUGAUUACGGUUAUCAUUAGCUAUGUGGUGAUGUUCGUCUACAUAACGAUUUCGCUGGGUCGGAUUAGUGGUUGGAAGACGUUUUUCAAGGAGUCCAAAAUUACGCUUGCCGUCGGUGGGAUUGUGAUCGUUCUGGUGUCCGUCGCGUGCAGUUUGGGAUUCUUCGGUUACCUUCGGCUGGCAACGACGAUGCUUACGAUCGAAGUGAUUCCGUUUCUAGUGCUGGCGGUGGGCGUCGAUAACAUUUUCAUGUUGGUGCAUGCUUUCCAACGGAUUGACCGGGUUGAGACGCCAGAAACGCCGGAGGCGAUUGGAAAAGCUUUGGGGCAGAUCGGUCCAUCGAUUCUCCUCACGUCGGCCAGUGAAUGCUGUUGUUUUGCCAUUGGUGGAUUGUCCUCGAUGCCGGCGGUCAAUACGUUCGCUUGGUACGCUACGGUUGCACUGUUUGUAGACUUCGUUCUGCAGAUAACUGCCUUCGUGGCGUUGAUGGCUUUGGACGAGCGACGAGCCAGGGAGAAGCGACUGGAUCUGUUCUGUUGUAUUAAAAGCAAAGCUGAAACCGACAAAGGACGGGGUCCCGGCUUCCUGGAGAAGAUCUUCGACCGUUACUAUGCACCGUUUUUAAUGAAGAAUCCCGUGCGCUUGGUGGUGCUGGCAUUCUUUCUAAUCUUGUCCUCGCUGUCGCUGAUGGUGGUACCGAACGUGGAACCGGGAUUGGACCAGCAACUCUCGAUGCCGAAGGACUCACAUCUGGUUAAGUAUUUCCAGUUUAUGGCCGACCUGCUGUGGAUGGGACCUCCGGUGUACUUUGUUCUGAAGCCCGCUCUGAAUUACACGGACAUCAACGACCAGAACGUCGUCUGCGGUGGGGUGCUUUGCGAUUCGGAUUCCGUUCAGACGAAGCUCUAUCUGGCUUCACUUUAUCCGGAGAUAACCCGAAUUGCUCGACCGGCUUCCUCUUGGCUAGAUGACUACAUCGACUGGCUGAACAUCGACAGUUGCUGCAAGUACCACCCGGAGGACGAUUCAUUCUGCCCGAGUCAGGACAACAACUGCCCGGAAUGUCCGAAGGUAUUCGACGAAACCGGUAUUCGUCCGACGGUUGCUCAGUUCGAGCGCUACAUGGAGUUCUUCUUGUCGGAUGUUCCGGAUGAAACCUGCUCCAAAGGAGGUCGGGCUGCCUACCUAACGGCCCUGAACUUUGUGGUGGACUCCACCGGUCACUUGAAUGUACACGAUUCAUACUUUAUGUCUUACCACACGACGGUCAUCACAUCCAGGGACUUCUAUGAAGCCCUCCAGUGGGCUCGGCGUAUUACCGACGAAAUCCAGGAAGUUUUGGACGAGAAGCAAACCGGAGUGGAGAUCUUCCCAUACAGCGUAUUCUACGUCUACUAUGAGCAGUACCUGACCAUUUGGGCGGACGCUCUUCUUUCGCUUGGACUGUCACUGGCCGCCGUCUUUGUGGUCACCCUUCUAGUGACCGGUUUAGACAUCGUCUUCUCACUGAUUGUCCUACUAAUGGUAUUCUUGAUCCUCCUGAAUAUGGGCGGGUUCAUGUGGCUGUGGAACAUCACACUGAACGCAGUAUCGUUGGUGAACUUAGUCAUGAGCGUUGGCAUUGGCGUCGAAUUCAUCUCGCACAUUGUCCGCUCGUACAAGAACGAAGCGGGCAGCAAACCCGACCGCUCCAUCCGAGCCCUAACCCUGACCGGCAGCAGUGUAUUCUCCGGAAUCACACUGACCAAGUUCGCCGGAAUCAUCGUACUGGCCUUUGCCAACUCCCAGAUAUUCCAAAUCUUCUACUUCCGAAUGUACCUCGGAAUCGUCCUGAUCGGAGCACUGCACGGUCUGGUGCUACUACCCGUGCUUCUAAGUUUCGUUGGACCUCGAACGGCGGAACGCUCUCCGGCGGAAAUCUCCUACUCACCGAUGGACCAACCCCCGCAGGAAAAAACCGAACAACCGAGCCCGUCAGCCCCUUCAGCACCGGUGGAAACCCACAGCUCUAUACCAUUAAAUCAAUAA